CAAGCUCCACCCAACAGUCACACUUUCCCUCCUCUUCUCAAAUCUUCCCCUCUUCCUUUGGGCACUACCCUUCACUCUCAAACUGUCAAGCGUGGCCUUUUGUCUGAUCCCUUCAUUCUCACCGCUCUCCUUUCCCUUUAUGCAAGAAACCACCUCCUUCCUCAUGCACACAGGGUGUUUGAAGAAUUUCCUAGGUUUUGCAUUGUUGCGUGCAAUGCAAUGCUCAAUGCUUUUUCCAUAAAUGGGCACAUGGAGGCUGCUGUGGAAUUCUUUGAACGCAUGCCCCAAAGGGAUGUUUUCUCAUGGACAACUGUUGUGAAUGGUUUUGCUUUGAAUGGGAAUUUUGGUGCCUCAAUUCGUUUUUUCGGGAAGAUGAUGAGUCAUGAGGAUGUGGUGCUUGGUUUGGUGAAGCCUAAUGAGGCUACUUGUGCUAGUGUGCUCUCUUCUUGUGCCAAUUUAGACGGUAAAGUGGCUCUUGAUUGUGGAAAGCAAAUUCAUGGAUAUGUAGUGGUGAAUGAGGCCAAGUUAGGAGUAAAUGUGGAAACUUCGUUGAUAAAUCUUUAUGGGAAGAUGGGGUGCUUGAGUAAUGCUGAGAAGGUUUUCAGAGUAAUGGUUGUCAGAAAGGUAUGCACUUGGAAUGCAAUGAUUUCUUCGUUGGCUUGCAAUGGUAGAGAGAAGGAGGCUCUGGACAUGUUUGAGAAGAUGAAGCUUCAUGGGUUGAAACCAAGUAGCAUUACUCUUGUUGCUGUUCUUACAGCAUGUGCUCGUGGAAAUUUUGUCAGGGAAGGAUUGGAGUUAUUUCGAUCAAUGUGGCAGGACUUUGGAAUAGAACCAAUAAUGAAGCACUAUGGAUGUGUGGUUGAUCUCUUGGGUAGAGCAGGGCAUGUCGAAGAAGCAGCUGAGAUCAUAAUAAAUAUGCCUUUUAAGCCUGAUGUAUCUGUUUUGGGAGCCUUUUUGGGUGCAUGCAGGAUUCAUGGAGCUAUAGAACUAGGCGAAGAAAUAGGAAAAAAAAUGCUUAAAUUGCAGAGACAACAGGGUGGGCAAUAUGUGCUAUUGUCGAGCAUGAAUGCGGAGAAGGAAAGAUGGGAUCAUGCUGCUGAUCUAAGGAGGGAAAUAAUGGAGGCUGGAAUUCAGAAAAUUCCAGCAUACAGUAUGGUUCAUUUGACAUAAUUAUAUUUCUGUUCUCUGUCCUCUUUCAGUUAUUCUUUUUUGUUUCCCUUCUUUUCUAAUAGGUUACUUUUAGUCUACCUAAUCUUUAGGAACCAGUUUAGUAGUUUUGGAGCUGUAACUGUGCAUAUCCGGGCAGCAUGUUUUUACGAGUUGUAGUUUAAUUGGAGACUAUUUAAA